AUGAACAGAAUCAAUGAGUCAAGGGUCAAAGAAUUUUUCCUCCUGGGCCUGUCCCAUAGUCAAGACCAGAAAAUGCCAUUAUUUUCUCUUUUCUUCACAAUGUAUCUAGUAACACUCUUGGGUAAUGCUCUCAUAGUAGCUGUGAUUGUCAGUAGCCAGGAGCUGCACAACCCAAUGUAUUUCUUUUUAGGAAAUCUUUCUUUUGUUGACAUUUGUUUUAGCUCAGUAACGGCUCCUCUUAUGUUGACCAAUCUUCUCUGGGAUCGGAAAUCCAUUUCCUUUGAAGGAUGUAUGAGCCAGUUAUUCUUUCUGUUUUGUACAGCGAGCAUGGAGUGUUUUGUCCUGGCAAUUAUGGCUUAUGAUCGGCUAGUUGCCAUCAACAACCCUCUACGGUACUUAUCCAUCAUGCACAGGACAAUGUGUUUGGCUCUGAUAGUCUUUUCGUGGACAUUUACAUCUUUACAUUCUCUGUUACAUAUCUCUAUUGUUUCCUCAAUGAAGUUUUGUGGUCCAAACAAAAUCCAUGAGUAUUUUUGUGACCUUCCUCCCUUGCUGGCCCUCUCCUGCUCUGACAAAUCACAGUAUGACCUUUUGGUGUUCACCGAAGGCUCAUUUGUAACCAUGAGUCCCUUUGUGUUUGUAGUUAUCUCCUACGCUCGGAUUCUCAAUGUCAUUUUGAAAAUACAGUCUUCCACAGGAAAGUACCAAGCAUUCUCCACAUGUUCCUCCCACCUCACUUCUGUUGGACUUUUCUUUGGAACCAUCUUCUUUACCUAUUUCCGUCCAUCUUCCUCAGAUUCAUUGGAAGAAAAUAGAUCAGUAACAGUGGUGUACUCAGUUCUUACUCCUCUUCUCAAUCCUUUUAUAUAUAGUUUGAGGAACGAGCAAAUAAAGGUUGCUGUGAAUAAGAUCUAUCAUCAGAUGUUAAAGGGGCUGUAA